CGCUCGGAUCGUUGGAACCGUUCGGAUCGGCUUUACUGGAAUAAUCGGAGAUUCAGAGCGCAAAAUGUUGCUGUUCCUACUGGUUGUGCUGCUUUUUGCGGUGGGCUGGAUCAUCCAUCUUGGCCAGGCCGAUCGUCGGCGGAAAGUGGCCAAUUUGCCGGGACCCGUGUGUCCGCCGCUCAUCGGAGCCCUUCAACUCAUGCUGCGCAUGAACCCAAAAACUUUCUUGAAGUUGGGUCGGGAGUACGUGACCCAAUAUGGUCACCUCCAGCGAGUUUGGGUGUUCAAUCGCCUGCUGAUAAUGAGUGGCGAUGCGGAGUUUAAUGAGCAGCUGCUGAGCAGUCAGGAGCAUCUGGUGAAGCAUCCGGUCUACAAGGUACUUGGUCAGUGGCUGGGAAACGGCUUACUCCUCAGCGAUGGAAAAAUUUGGUAUCAGCGUCGCAAGAUCAUCACUCCCACGUUCCACUUCUCGAUCCUUGAGCAGUUCGUUGAGGUGUUCGAUCAGCAGUCCAACAUUUGUGUCCAAAGGCUGGCGCAGAAGGCCAAUGGCGAGACCUUCGAUGUUUACCGGAACAUUUGUGCAGCAGCCUUGGAUAUUAUAGCAGAAACAGCCAUGGGUACUAAGAUAUAUGCCCAGGCCAACGAAAGCACACCCUAUGCAGAGGCAGUCAAUGAUUGUACUGCCCUGUUGAGCUGGCGAUUCAUGUCCGUUUACCUGCAGGUGGAGCUGCUGUUUACCCUCACCCAUCCUCACCUGAAAUGGCGACAAACGCAGCUCAUCCGCACAAUGCAAGACUUUACCAUCAAGGUGAUCGAGCAGCGUCGUCAGGCUUUGGAGGAUCAGCAAAAGCAGUCCAGGUUGAUGAACGCCGCAGAUGAAGAUGUGGGUUCUAAAAGACGUAUGGCUCUAUUGGAUGUCCUGCUGAUGGCCACUGUUGACGGCCGACCUUUGAACAACGAUGAAAUACGCGAAGAGGUGGACACCUUUAUGUUUGAGGGUCACGAUACCACCACUAGUGCCUUGUCCUUCUGCCUGCAUGAGGUUUCCAGGCACCCAGAAGUGCAGGAAAAGAUGCUGGAGGAGAUCCUUCGGGUUCUGGGCACCGAUCGAAGCCGUCCGGUCAGCAUCCGGGAUCUCGGAGAGCUCAAAUACAUGGAGUGCGUCAUCAAGGAGUCGCUGAGGAUGUAUCCACCCGUGCCCAUCGUGGGUCGCAAAUUGGAGACUGACUUUAAGUACACGAAUUCUGUCUACGGAGAUGGAGUUAUCCCAGCGGGCUCAGAGAUUAUAAUUGGAAUCUUUGGAGUCCAUCGACAAGCAGAGACCUUUUCCAAUCCGGAUGAGUUCAUUCCGGAGCGAUACGAAGACGGAACUCGUGUGGCGCCCUUUAAAAUGAUACCUUUCAGUGCUGGACCCCGAAAUUGCAUAGGUCAGAAGUUUGCCCAACUGGAGAUGAAAAUGAUGCUGGCCAAGAUUGUUAGGGAGUACGAACUCCUACCCAUGGGUCAAAGAGUGGAGUGCGUCGUUAACAUUGUCCUGCGAUCGGAUACGGGCUUUCAGCUGGGAAUGCGCAAGCGUAAUAACACAUAAGUAUAAGGGGUAUUGCAGGGAUUUUUAUUAUUAAACAUCUACCGACUGGACUAGUACAGAUUCCAAUAUUUUACAUUAUGUGUUGUAGAGUAUUAUCUUAAAAAUUAAAGAUUUUUUACCUUUUACCAACAAAGAAA